GUGGGGUGAGGCCCGAGGGGAUAGAAAAUUAGAAAUCGACGUCGCGUGAAAAUAAAUUAUUUCCAACUUCCUUUUUUAAAAAAUUGCUUGCCGUAAACGGCGACGGAGCCGGACAAACGUUGCCGGUUGUUUGAGAUGCAAUACAUCGCCUCCCAUUCCGAUUCUUCAUCGUUUUGAUCACUAUUAAAAUCAGUUAUCUCUGACUCACAAUUCGUUUACUCACACAGAGCCGAUGGCUUCUUCUGCAGACUCAUGGAUGAAGGAAUAUAAUGAAGCCCUAAAACUUGCUGAUGAUAUCAAUGGUAUGAUUUCUGAAAGGAGUUCAUUUCCGGCAUCAGGUCCAGAUGCUCAGCGCCAUGGAUCUGCUAUACGGAGGAAGAUCACAAUAUUAGGGACAAGACUUGAUAGCUUACAGUCCCUUUUGUUGAAGCUCCCUGGAAAACAUCCAGUGUCGGAUAAGGAGAUGAAUCGUCGCAAGGACAUGCUUGCAAAUCUGAGAUCAAAAGUUAACCAGAUGGCUUCAGCAUUGAACAUGUCAAACUUUGCAAACAGGGACAGCUUGCUUGGCCCAGAAAUAAAGCCAGCUGAGGCCACAACCAGAGCAGCUGGCUUGGACAACUCUGGCAUUGUUGGGCUUCAACGACACGUUAUGAAAGAGCAAGAUGAGGGUCUUGAGAAGUUGGAGGAGACUGUUGUAAGUACAAAACAUAUUGCACUGGCAGUCAAUGAAGAACUUGACCUACACACUAGGCUGAUUGAUGACUUGGAUGAGCGUGUGGACAUUACGGACAGCAGGUUACAGCGGGUGCAGAAGCAUUUGGCGAUUUUGAAUAAGCGCACUAAGGGUGGUUGCUCUUGCAUGGGUUUGCUCUUAUCAGUUAUUGGGAUUGUGGUUCUGGUUGCUGUCAUAUGGUUGUUGAUAAAAUAUUUGUAAUAGCAACAAUGGCGAACCCCACCAUAUCUGUGUUUGUGUAUCUUGUGUGAAUGGAGCUUUCCUGUUUCCCAUCAUGGUUAUAACAAUCUAUGUGGGUUUCUUGUCUUCUUUGGGUGCUUUGUUUGUGUUACCAAAAUUUCUGAGGUGUUGAGAUACUUUGUAAAUUGCACUUGUUAAUCGGCAUAUCUAAGUAUCUAUAUUUUUUUUUUUUCCUUA